GGUUUUCGUCUCGCCUCUACCUGACUCUACCGGAAAGUUCAUAUUCAACAGAUCGGAGCAUUUCGACAUUACAAGUGUAAAAGAUGGCAGACAGAACCGUUGUUGUCGCAGUGGACGGUAGUGAUCAGGCAGACAAGGCCUUUAAGUGGUAUUGCGAGAAUGUGUAUCGUGCAGGAGACCAUGUUAUUGUGGUAUUUGGAGCAGAAUACAAAGUUUCUUUCAUGCCUGGGCAGGUGUCUGAGACCAGGCUGAAGGAGAUUCAGGAUGAGAUGUCCAAAGAACACCAGAGAGUGGAGGCCCUGACCAAUAAAUAUGUCUCGCAGCUCAGAGAAAGAAAUAUCAAGGGGGAGGCAACUCCAAUCACUGGAAAGAAACCAGAGGAAGCCAUCAUUUCUAAAGCGGAGGAGGUAGGAGCAGCUAUGAUCGUCAUGGGAACCCGGGGCCUAGGAACAAUUCGUCGCACCUUGAUGGGCAGCGUCAGCGAUUACAUCGUACACCACGCAAGGAUACCAGUGAUUGUGGUCCGCGAUUCAUGAUCACACAACUAGGAUUUAAACACAUGAUGCCGCAAUAAUUCUUCAAAAAGUUUCUUUACACCUAGGAGCUUUUAAUUUCUGUUUCUUCAUUGUCCAUUUUUUGUUGUUUGUUAGUGUUCACAUAGAUUUUUUUUGGUAGUGCAAUUAACAAGUAAGAGAUUUUUGAAAUAUUGCUUGCUAUUAGGUAGUGCUCAAAGCCAAAUUGAUAUCCAAAGUUAUUGUCAAUAAUGAAAUUGAUGUUGAAUAAGUAGAAAGAUAAUUAUGGACAUUACUGAAUUGUCUUGUAGACUUUUUUUAAUCUUCCCUAUUAUCAAGUUUAUUUGAUUUUUAAGAAGGUGGAUGAUAUAGAAAUUAAUAUCUGUAUUUAUAAAGUAAUUGAAUUUAUAACUAAGGUAGAUACAUAUAUAUGAUAAUACUUAAUAAAACAACACAAAAAUACUUUUUAAAAAUAUAUACAUCCUUCUAUAGUAGUUUAUUAUUAUUUUUUUUUUUUUUUAGAAUUUUACUUUCAAUAUAGGACUAUUUUUCAAACGUCAUACUUUUUUUCAUUGAAAGCUACUUACAAGAAUUUAAAGUGUGGUCUUCAAACAAAACAGAAAUUUGUGUCAGAUGUUAGACUUCUGUAUAGGUUGUUAACUGUUUGUGACUAGAAGAAAAGAAAACUACAUACCAGUACAUGUGUUAUCUAAUUAAAGUGUACCAAGAUUUCUUGUUUUGGAAGACUGCAUUUAAUCUAUCACAUUGUUCACAUAUUUAACCGAGAUUUUCAUUGUCCAAACAAAAGAUAUCAGGAUUUUUUUUUGAGGAUUUUUUUUUUUUCGCUCUCUGUGUCAUAUUUUUCACAACAUUUGUUGAUCUUUGUGUAAAGAUUUUUUUAUAUAAACAUCCAGCACCAGAGUGGUUCCAUUGAGAUCUUUUAUACUUGUCAAGUUUUUCAUACUUAUAUACUUGUAGAGGGACUUAGAAAUGAGGAUAUAUGUACAACGAUUUUUUUGUCUGAUUUUGACACAGGACCUUCACUGAUUUACGUAGAAUGAACUUGUACUUCUAAGUUACCGGAGUAGACAUAGUAUGUAUAAGAGUGAAUUAGAACUCUAGCUGUAUUCUCUACAAUUCUUUACACAGAGAAUCUCAACUCAAAACACAGUCUUGUGUAUAAAGAAGUAGGUGAUAGUAAAUAAAACAAUUUCCUAUA